AUGACUAGCAGAAAACGAAAUAUCGAACGGAUUUCAUCCAGUGUUGCUGAAAAAAUAACCACAGCUCAAGUUGUCGUGAGCCUUGGUGAUGCUCUUCGUCAGUUAGUUGAUAACUCAAUUGAUGCAAAUGCAACAAUUAUCGAUAUUCGCGCAAAGAAUCAUGGGUUCGAGAGUUUGGAAGUUCAGGAUAAUGGAAUUGGUAUCGAUUCGUGCAAUUUUGAAAAUUUGUGCAAGCCACAUUCCACAUCGAAAUUGUCCGAUUUUUCCGAUUUUGAUAAACUUUCAACUUUGGGAUUUCGAGGAGAAGCUCUUAAUGCGUUAUGUGCGUUGAGUACAGUUUCAAUCUUCACUCGAUCUUCCACCGCCGAUUUAGGAACUCGUUUGAAAUUCGAUCAUUCUGGUGAGAUUAUCGAAAGAAAAAAUGCCGCUAGAGAACUUGGAACCACCGUAACUGUCGAAAAUCUGUUUGAGACCCUUCCAGUUCGUCGAAAAGAGCUUGAAAGAACCGCGAAAAAAGACUUUAUCAAAAUGUUAACAAUGGUCCAAUCAUUUGCGCUUAUGUGUCCGCAAAUCCGAUUUCUUGUCACUAAUACGAUUGCUGGAGGAAAACGCCAAAAUAUUAUCUGCACACCGGGAGGCAAUUCAACAGUUCGAGAUGUGGUCACAAAUUUAUUCGGAUUUUCCGGUGGAAAACACGAAAAGCUUCCAUUAGUCGAUAUAAAAUGUGAAUUUCCGAACGAAGAGAUCCAAGUUUUACACUCAAUUCCAAAAAAUGAAUUGCAUAUUUUUGAUCUUAUCAAAAUUCAUGGAUUCGUUAGCAGUUGUGAGCACGGAAACGGCAGAAGCACAUCAGAUCGGCAAUUUGUUUAUAUAAACAAUCGACCGGUUGAUUAUUCGAGGGUUUGCAGUAUUUGCAAUGAGGUUUACAAGCAAUUCAACAAAACUCAAUAUCCGGUGGUUGUUCUGUUCAUUCAAGUUCCUGCAGACAAAAUUGAUGUGAAUAUGACGCCGGAUAAGAAAACUGUAAUGUUCGAGAAGGAAAGACAUCUUCUCGCAUUAAUCCGCUCAUCGCUUAUGGCAACAUUCCAACCGCUAUUGGGAGCGCAUUCGACGAUUAGAAGUAGUGUUGAAGACCGAAGAAAUUCAUCAUUUUAUUCGCAAGCAAGUUCUUCACAAUCAUCGCCAAACGUUACCCUUGACGACACUUUGCUCAAUUCAACAAUUAAUUCUGAAGCUGAUGAACCGCUGCCGAAUGUUGCGGACCUUCUGAAGUCCAGACGAUGUUUCGCUCCGUGUGAGCCGGCGGCGAAACGAGUUUGCUCUGCGGAAUCUGGUCCCAAAUCAAAAAUUAUCACGAUUCCGCCGUCGAAAAACUCGCAGAAUGCCACUUUGGAAUCAUUUUCCUUCACGUUUACACCGUACACGAAGCCGGAAAAGCCGAACGAACCAUCACCUCGAGCUCCGUCUCCAUCACCAGCUGCUCCGGAAAGAAGAUUCCAGCCUCCGCUUCUUCGAAAUUUAUCGAAAGGAUUUGAUAACAGUUCGGUGAAAGAUGAUAGUAUUUUGGAUGUUGUUGAGAAAUGCAUGGAGAAUGAAGACGAUGAUGAGAACGAAAUUGAGGAAGUUGAGCAGAAUCCCAAGAAUUUUGUCUACAUGAGACCACAGCAGAAGAUAAAAUUCUCAAUGAAAACACUUCGGCAAAAAUUUGAGAAACUUAUGGAGGAUGAGAAAUCAGAUGAAGUUGACGUGGACGGCGAAUUCUCGGCACCAAUUGAUCCGGAGCAUAAUGAUGAGGCUGAGAAGCAGCUUGAUCGAGCAUUGAAGAAAGAAGAUUUCAAACAAAUGGAAGUUGUGGGUCAAUUUAAUAAGGGAUUCAUUAUUUGCCGCCUUCGAUCUCACCUUUUCAUCGUCGAUCAGCACGCGAGCGAUGAAAAAUACAAUUUUGAGCGGCUUCAGAAGUCAGCGAAACUCACCAAACAGCCAUUAUUCACGCCGACUCCGCUGAAUUUUGGCGCUGUUCAGGAGAUGGUGAUUCGCGAGAAUCUGCACAUCUUCGCCGCCAAUGGAUUCGAGUUUGAGUUUCGUGAGAAUGAUGGAUGCAUUAAGACAUUUAUGACGGCUCGACCGGAAAUUCUGAGCCAAAAUCUGACGAACGCAGAUCUUGAUGAGAUUGUCGCCAUGGUUUCCGAGUAUCCGAAUCAAAUGUUUCGACCGAUGAAGAUUCGCAAGAUUUUCGCGUCGAGAGCCUGCCGAAAAUCGAUUAUGAUUGGAACUGCGCUGAACGAAAGAGAAAUGACGAGAGUGGUUAAAAAUCUCGCAGGAUUGGAUCAACCUUGGAACUGCCCACACGGACGGCCCACAAUUCGCCAUUUAUCCAGCAUGAACUCAUUAAAUUUUGAAUAG